AUGCAGCGGUACGGGUGCCAAGACUUCCUCGAGGAGAUUGCUCAUCUCCAGAAGCUGGCCGAGAUGCUGCCAGACUCACCAGUCACCGAGAGCAUGGCCAACACCUUCAUGGCUAAGAUCCAGGGAUUCCAGUCCUGGUCCUCGGAGAGCAUCUGCCAAAUGCUUGCCAAGGCCGGCGAAGCUUCCAAACUGCCAGAGGCCAUGAAAGCAAAGAUUCUGGACACCAUCCAGAAUUUGUCCAUGAACACCGGCUCCCAGCUCAAGUUGGUGAACACUGGCCAGUCCGUCCAGCGGCUGUGUCCAUACUUGACCAGGCCAGACUGGGUCGCUUUGUCCACCCUCACGAGCCAAACGGACCAGCUGGAGCUCUUAGCCAAAAGACUCCGAGCCAUGGGACUGCAUUCUUUAAAAGAAUGCACCAAGGGCCAAGCGGUCGCCAUUGUCUUGAUGGUGCAAGCUUCGCAAGGCAAGCCAAGCCUUUCGGCAGCUGCCAUCAACUCGGCAGUCCAGGACUUCGGAAUCAUCUUCCAGUCCCUGCCAAGCAGCAAUUGCCCCGGCGCCAGCAGAUAUCCAGACCAUCCAUCAGAGAUGGGCCAGCUUUGGCUCUCCAAGGCCUAUGGUCCAGGCGACCAGCCAGAUCUGCAGGACCCAUGCCUGGCUCCAUUUUUGAAGAAAGUGCCUCUUCGAAGCACCCAUGCUUCAUUGGCCGGCGGCACCAGGUGCAGGUCCAAGCGGCCUCCAGCGACACCUCAGGGCUCCACCUUAAGCUUCGACCAGGAGCUGGAAAUGCUGAAGCUGCGGCAUGGCAUCCAAGCCCAAGCAGCCACACAAGGCACAGCCACUCUGCAGGGAAGCCAAGGGCCCAUGUGCACCGCCGCAGCAACAGCAGUGUUGCCUUGGCUGUCGCCGCGAAGCAUGGUCCAGUCCCACAGCCAGAGUGCUGCCAGCACAACUGCCCCUGGCCAGGUCUUUGGCCAGAGCACAGCAUCUGCCGCUGCUUUGCCACUUCCUCCGGCAAGCCCGCCUCCUGAAGCCACGACCAGAGUCGAAGCAGCUCCCACGGAGACGACUGCCAAGGAAGACAGUGCCAAGCAGGACGCCAAGACAUUGCAGGAGUACGAGCAGGAGCAGUUCCAGAAGCUGCUGGAUGCCAAGGCCGACAAGAAGAAGAAGGCCAAGGAGGACGGCCAGGCCGACCAGAAGCCCAAGAAACAGCAUAUGAAGCGGCCAGCAGCAGCCAUGUCUACCCGACAAAGCUCGGCGAACCAGGGCACCACCUGCAACGGCCAUGAGGCUGGCAAAGGUGCCACCGCCGCCAAAGGCGGCAGCACAAAGAUCCUCUACGGAUGUAUCCGCUGUCGUGGUAAUGUUAAGGGAUGCUCCAGUUGUUGGGACCCAAACUUUCGGGGCACCCGUCUCCACGGCCGCCAAGCUUGGAGGGAGUACAUCGAGGCCCACAAAGCCAACAAGGCCAUGAAGAAGGCUCCCAAGAAGUAG